CAUAACGGAGGACCAAACAUACCAACCGCCCAACGCGAGCGAAGUGGAUAAGCCGUCCGUUUCACAUUAUUUCUCCCUCGUCCAUCUCUCUCGGCCAACCAUACUGAGAUGCAAGUAUUCCCCGGCAUCCGCCGCACCACCCCUUCGCCAUCUCUCUCCGCCCGCCUCCGGAUCCCCACGAAACCAAAGACGCCGCAGCGCCGCCACCUCUGCUUCGCCUCCAGCGACGGCGGCGGCUUUGGGCUCUCCGUCUCCGACGGCGAACUGGAGUCCCGGGGCUUCCGGGUGCGGCGGACGGCGGCGGGGCUGGACGUGGAAUCCCUGAACGAGGUGUUCGCGCGGGUGGGCUUCCCCCGGCGGGAUCCCGCGCGGAUCCGGCGGGCGCUGGAGCAUGCGGGCGGCGCCGUCGUGUGGGUGGAGGACGCGAGGUCGAAGGCGGAAGGGCGGCCGGUGGCGUUCGCGCGGGCGACGGGGGACGGGGUGUUCAACGCGGUGGUGUGGGACGUGGUGGUGGCGCCGUCGUUCCAGGGGAUGGGGCUGGGCCGGGCGGUCAUGGAGCGUCUCGUGGCGGAGCUCCGGGGCAUGGGCGUGUCCAACAUCGCCCUCUACGCCGAGCCCCGUGUGGUGGGCUUCUAUCGCCCCCUUGGCUUUGCGGCAGACCCGGACGGGAUCCGAGGGAUGGUCUACUCCCGGAAGAACCAGCAAAAGAAGAGAAGAUAGCAGCAUCACAGGAAUUUGGAUGCCUGCUCUCACUCUAUAUUGAUGCACAUUACUGCUUGUUUGCAUCUAAAACUUUAUGUAUGGUACAUUUUAAUGGUGUAAUUCUACAAUUGAAGCACAUCAGAGAAAAUACAAAUAUUUUUGUAAAGAAAUGCCCUGAACCUUUCAAAGGGCAAGCUUUGAAGCUUUGUUUCAUUUAUGAAUGACAUAUUGAUGA